AACUCUACAAAUCAAACACCUACUGCAAUUAAAAUCCCAGAAUUACUUAAACAACAAUGGCUACCUAUGAAGGUAAAGUUUUCACUGAAGAACAAGAAGCUUUGGUGGUCAAGUCAUGGACUGUAAUGAAGAAGAAUGCAGCUGAAUUGGGUCUUAAAUUCUUCUUGAAGAUAUUUGAGAUUGCACCAUCAGCCAAGAAACUAUUCUCAUUCUUGAGAGACUCAAAUGUUCCAUUGGAGCAAAACACAAAGCUGAAGCCCCAUGCCAUGUCUGUCUUUGUCAUGACAUGUGAAUCUGCAGUUCAACUGCGUAAAGCAGGCAAAGUUACAGUGAGGGAAUCAAAUUUGAAGAAAUUAGGAGCUACCCAUUUUAAGUAUGGGGUAGUUGAUGAACAUUUUGAGGUAACAAAAUUUGCUCUUUUGGAGACCAUAAAAGAAGCAGUUCCAGAUAUGUGGUCAGAUGAGAUGAAGAAUGCAUGGGGUGAAGCCUAUGAUCGUUUGGUUGCAGCCAUUAAAAUAGAAAUGAAGGCAUGCUCACUAGCUGCAUGAUUUCACAAGUUCCCUACAUUAUUGCUUGUUAAUUUUGGGUCCAAUAAGAUUGAAAGUUUUCAAUCAUUUAAACAUGUAAUGUAACAUAGCUAUUGCUCAUCACUACUGUUUUUGCCCCCUAGUUUGUUCGCUCCUGUUCUUUUUGGCCCCUUGUAUCUCCAUAAAUAAUUGGUAACGUAACAUAGUUUGUACUCUUCAAAAUUUUAAAAUUUAGUCCUUUAACUUUUAUUUUCAAGAA